UGGCUAGUUUAACUUCAUUCCGAGAGGCACCACACGAAUGUGGAAAAAUAAAAUAUAGCAUGACCUGUCAAAAUAUUUCCUCCACGAAAUUCCAUGGCGUUUCCAGCUUCUGCUAUCUGCAGUUUAACUAGUCCUGUUUUUUCUCGCUCAUCGAUCUCAAACUCUCUCCUCCCUUCUCAAACCAACCCAACAACCUUCUGCUCUUCUGAAUAUUAUUCAAAGCCUUUCAGCAGCUACACAAGUCAACACAGCUGCAGGCACUACUCGUCUUGUUUUCGUAUUUCAUAUCGAUUCUCAGAUGCUGGAGAAGGUGAAGACGAAGCUGAGGAUUGCAGCUUUGAUGAAGCAGUGGUCCUUUUCAACACAAGAGAAUACUACAAGUGCCAUGACUUUCUUGAGUCACUUUGGAACAAAGCUGAAGAACCCACGCGAACUCUUUUUCAUGGUAUUCUACAAUGCGCCGUGGGAUUCCAUCACCUAUUCAACCAGAACCAUAAAGGAGCUAUGAUGGAGCUGGGAGAGGGACUGUGUAAGCUUAGAAAGAUGAAUUUCAAAACUGGGCCAUUUUACGAGUUUGAGCAACAAAUCUCUGCAGCUCUCGAUUUCAUUUACCAAACGCAAAUAGAGUUAGCCGCCUGUGGGGAUGACGUUUGUGUUGCGAUGGAUCGAUCAGAGAGAUCGUACCAGCUUCUAGGCCGGUAUGCUGCAGGACAGCUACUCUAUACCCUGCAACUGCAAGCUGAUGACGACCCUAAUGAAACCAUGUACAUUGUGUUCCACCCUCGAAUGUCUUACGGCGGUGAGCCACAAAAGGUGAAGCUUCCAACUCUCAAUGCAACCACACAACAUCUCACGAGUCAUGGCCUCUGAAUAUACUUGAAAUUGAUUCUCUCUCUUUUCUUUUUGGAUAUAAUUUUUGUAAUUUACUCUCAGUGUUUGUUAACAAGGCUUUGAGUGCCACAGUUUGUCUAUAAUGCACAAGUUAUCAUCUGGCUUCAAUUUAGAAUGGUCGUUACCACUAAUCAGAGCACAAAGGAACUCUCCAACCACCGAUCGGAAUAUGUUGCCAGAACCCUUACCCAGCAGCCUACGGCUCACCAGCAUGCCAACUUUCUCAGUAAUUUCAAAUUUGCCUUUUUGCAAGGAUUUCAACCAAAUGAGGAAAGUACUGUGGAUCGUAAAUGUUAAUCUCUUUUGUGUAAUAUCAUAUAUAAUAUUGCAUUGAAAAUUCA